CCCCGCGGCCCGGCAGCUGAGAGCUGCAAAGAUGGCGGCGGCGGUGAGGACGCGGCGGCUCCUGGUCAGACAGGCGGCGGCGGCGGCGGGAGGCGGCGCCUGGGCCCUCGGCCUCUUCCUCCUGCUCUCCCCCCGGCUGUGCCAGGCCGACGAGACGCCCGCCAGGAGGUUCGAGUACAAGUACAGCUUCAAGGGGCCGCACCUGGUGCGGAGCGACGGCUCCAUCGCCUUCUGGACUCACUCGGGCAAUGCCAUCCCCAGUGCAGAUCAGGUCCGUAUAACACCGUCUCUGAGAAGCCAGAAAGGGUCCGUUUGGACUAAAUCCAAAGUGAACUUUGAACACUGGGAAACUCAGGUUACGUUUCGUGUAACGGGAAGAGGAAGAGUUGGAGCUGAUGGACUGGCAAUCUGGUACACAUCGGAACAAGGAUUGGAUGGUCCAGUUUUCGGAGCGUCUGAGCCAUGGAAUGGUGUGGGCAUCUUUUUUGACUCCUUUGACAAUGAUGGAAAGAAGAACAACCCAGCAGUGCUCAUCGUUGGAAACAACGGAAAGCUUGUCUACGAUCAUCAGAAUGAUGGUGCAUCUCAGGCAUUGGGGUCAUGCCUGAGGGACUUCAGGAACAAGCCUUACCCUGUCAGAGUCAAGAUAACCUACUAUCAAAAGACAUUGACUGUUAUGAUACAUAAUGGCUUUACUCCAAAUAAUGACGAUUACGAGCUUUGUGCCAAGGUAGAAAACAUGAUCAUUCCUCCUGAUGGUUAUUUUGGAAUCUCGGCCGCGACCGGUGGCCUCGCAGAUGACCAUGAUGUCUUGUCUUUCCUGACCUUUAGAUUAACCGAACCUGGCAAACAAGUGGAGGAACCUGCAGAUUCAGAGAUUCCUGAUGAAGAAAAAGAGAAAUAUCGGGAAGAGUAUGAAAACUUCCAGCAGGAUCUCGAUAAAAAGAAAGAGGACUUUCAGAAAGAACACCCUGAGAUGCAAGGAGAGCCAGCCGACAUGUUCGAAACAGUCAACGAGCGUGAGCUGAGGCAGAUCUUUGAGGGUCAAAAUCGUGUUCACCUCGAAAUCAAGCAGCUGAACCGACAGCUAGACAUGAUUCUGGAUGAGCAAAGGAGAUACGUCUCCCUCAUGUCGGAGGAGAUGAAGAAAGUGCCAAGCGGCCAGCCGCUAAUGGGACAGGCCCACCAAGGACAAUUGGAGAACAUAAUCCAAUACCAGCAGGAGGCGCUUAGGCAUAUUGGAGAAUUGAGGAGUUCUAUCACCAACGCUGUGCAUCAUGCAAUUCAAGUGUCAGGCGGUGCAACAGGAGGUUAUGAAAAUGUUCAACAUUUCAAUGAUAUAAAGGAACAUCUUCAUGUAGUAAAAAGAGAACUUGGAACUUUAGUACAAAGAAAUGUGGCAUACGUGGAAAAACCUAAAUGUCCCGAAAUACCCCCUUUCCCGUCUUGUUUAUCAACGACUCAUUUCUUCAUAUUUGUAGCAUUUCAAACAGUAUUGUUUAUUGGGUAUAUCAUGUAUAGAAGUCAGCAAGAAGCAGCGGCAAAGAAGUUCUUUUGAUGUCGCUACUCUCAGUUUACAUUUUGUUAGCGACCCGGAAUAAAACCACGGAAAACCUGUAAAUGAUGGCAUUUUUUUUAAAGAAAAAAAUAUUUUUCAACAAAUUAAGUUAUUGUGAUGCUGUUUCCUCCCGAGAUGAGAAUAUUGGAAAUAUUUUUUGGGGGUGCAAAUUAUCUUUCUACAACUUGAGGGCAAGACCUGUGGGCAUUUUUUUUUGCUACUGCAUCUUGUAUCGUGUACCCUUACAGGAAGCUACAGGAAAAUUAAAUGAUUAACUUGACAUUUACAUGAUGCAAAGAAAAUUUGAGUUUUAUUAGGAGCAAGCAAUUGCAAAGCUGUUCUCCAUUUAACAUUGAGGAUGUUUCUCAAAUUACAAAGUUCACCACAAGUAAUGCCUCCUUUCUAUUUUCUCAAAAAAAUUGUUAACUUACAAAACUUAAUACAGCCCGAAAAGGUUUUUUUUAAAUAAACUAGUGCAGUUAUUGUUCCACAAAGAUCUACAGCCACAUACUUGGGUCAAUGUGAACCCAGUGCCAGUAUUUUGUUACGGUAAAAUGAUGUACAGUGAUGUUUCCUUGUGAAACACGGUUAAUAUUCGUAGAACCCACUGAUCACAAACAUUUAGGUAACAAAGGUUACCAAUAAUCUCUAUGGCAUGAUGAUCAAUACCGAGGCUCUCACUCAACUCACUCUUGAGUGAUGAAUCGAUCUUUACGACUGAAUUUCAAUCGUCGAAAUCCCUUCAGCUGUGAGAAAUUCAAUUACUGCCCUCUGCUUAACACGCGUAUCAAUGCUCGGUGUCAUUUUGAACUGCUGCCACAUGCCUCCAUCUAGGUAGAAGUAAACAAAACUUUCACAGGACACGAUAUCCAAGGACACUAUAUUGUGUAUGUUUUUCAUUACUGUAUCGCUUACAAAUUAAAUAGGAGGCAUUACUUUUGGGAUGUCCCUCGUCUAUUGAAGCACUGGAUGUGAACACCAUUUUGCUUCAUCAGAAAACUAUUCUAUCACUGCCUUGCUACUGUAUUUUAUUUUUGAAAGUGCAUUACAGUAUUAUGAGUACCUAUUUUUACGAUUUUAAUUUUUAGAAUUUUUUUGCUUUCUCUUCCCCUCCCCUUUGUUUUCUGAAUUUUGACUCGUGAAAUGUUCCUGCUGUAAUUACUCAAUCCGGAUCUUUUCGACCAUUGUUAUUAAAAGCUUAUUUCGUGAAAAAAUCAUUUUAAAUAAAAACAAUGGGGGCAAAA